UGCAUCACAGACGAUUUCAGGAAGAAAGGCUUCAAGACGUCUCGGGAUUUGCCGGACCUGGUUCUGGAUUUCGUGAAGAAACACCCUGUGAUGGCCGAGGACGUGUUGCCUGUGGGGAGGCGCCCCCUAUUUGUGAGGAAGAAUGUGAAUUACACAAAGAUUGCUGUGGACACGGUUACAGGAGUGGACAACAUGCAGUACGAUGUCCUGUUCAUUGGCACAGUUGACGGAUGGCUGCAUAAAAUAGUGAAGGUUGGAUCCCACAUGCACGCUAUAGAGGAAAUACAGGUCUACAAAGAGCCCCAGCCAGUGGAGAGUGUGGUGAUCUCCAGGACACAGAGAAUGGUAUAUGUGGGCUCACAGAGUGCAGUGAUCCAGCUUCCCCGGGCAAGCUGCAGCAAGUACACUCUGUGCCAGGACUGCAUCCUGGCCCGGGACCCUGACUGUGGCUGGGACGGUGAAGCCUGCCGACAGAUCACAGGGAACGAGAACAGAUCCCAGUUGACCCAGGACAUUGUGAGUGGGAACAAUGGAUGUUUGACCAGCAGCGCGGAUGUCCCUUCCCAAGUGAGGAACAAGAAAGUAACCAAGGGCUCCACCAUCUUGCUGGAGUGUCAGUUCAGAUCAAACCUUGCUGUCUCCAAGUGGCGAUUCAACCGAGAGGACCUAGCCACCCGCGAGGCGGAACACUACUCACUGGAGCGACAGGCUUUGCUGAUAAAGGCCGCACUGGUCAGCGACAGCGGGGAGUACAGCUGCUAUGCCGAGGAGAAUGGGCUGGAGUAUUUGGUGGUUCUCUACAUGGUCAGUGUGGUGGAAAGCUCUCAGCCUGAGGUCCCUCCGUCACACCUGGCUCAGAUCUCCUCGGGCAGAGAGUUCCUGUACCUGACCAUCAUCGUCUUCCUGGGGUCAGUUGCCGUAGUAACAUCCAUCCUUGCUAUCUACCUGGUCUGCUCCCCGUCCAAGAGAGGCAAGUACCAGGUGCAACUGUGCCGUCCGUCCCUCAUCGAGCUGCAGAACGUAUCCGGGAGUUGUGGGCCCAGGAGCGAGGGAGGGUCUGGCGAAGAGGACCACCAGGUGGGCUUCCUGAAGAUCAUCCCCGGCCAGGCCCCCAGCACCAACUCGCUCCACAACAACAGGACUGCCGACUUGGAGCUGCCCCCUCCCCCGCCCCCUCCCCCACUGCCCCCCGAAAUGGUUGACACCCCCAACGGGCUCCCUGGACUUCCCCACGUACUGAGGAAGAUGAACGGCAACAGCUACUUGCUCCUGAGGCAGGCCAGCAAGGGGCAGGCAUCCCCCCAUUACCACUCCUUCACUGAAGAGCUGAGCAGGAAGCUGGAGAAGAGGAAACACACUCAGUUGGGGGAGAAACCGGAUGAGAGUUCGGUCUGAGCACAAAAUGGGAGCCUUGUCCACUCCCAGCCAGACUCGGAAACGUAUCUAUCUACCUCUCUCUCUUUCUCUCUCUCUCUCACACAUUGAGGAGUCCUGUAG